GUUUUACGUCACAGCUGCUGCGAGAUGAAAAAGUCACGAACACGGAAAGGUCAAAACCUCUAGAAAGAACCACACGAAGAACAAAUGUGCCCACUGCUCUGAUUCUGGCAUUUUGUGCAGGCCGUUCGUGCUUUCAAGGUUCUUUAGACACCAAACAAACGAACAGCAAACCAUCUUAAGGAUGAUUUUCCCUUUGGAAUUCCUUAGAAUUUUACGUUUGUUUGGCGAAUUCCUCAGCGAAACCUGAAAAGGAGACCAAAGUUCAGAGGAGGCUUGGUAUACUCUCCCCAGACUUUCCUCGGGUUUGUGGUAAAAGUACGACAUGACUGAGGAGGCUGCGUUUCCUACGAAGAGGCGACUCUGGUCCAAACAAGCAGAACGUCGCUAUUCACGGAAACAAAUAACAGACUUACGCAAGGAACUGCUCUAAAAGAGGAUAUCAAGAGUUCGCAGUGGCGGGUGCUCUCAAGAAACUCAACUUACAUGUGCAGCCAGGUUUCAAUGAAGCAAGAUUAAACCUAUAAGCUGGGCUUACCUGGAACGCGCUGAGCUUGCGAGCAGCUUGACAGAGACAGUGUCUUGAAACCGUUCUAGCUGAGAGCUGAUCGAGACAGAUCGUCCUUGCCAUCGAUUCAACAUCAUGCAGAUCUCAAAAUUUAAAAGUUGCGUUUUUCUGAUUCUGGCAUUUCUCGGAGCUGUUUGCGGUUUUCGCCGCAGUUCAAGUUCUUAUGGAAUAAGACCAAUUUCCCUCUACGGUUAUAGUAACCCGCGUGCUCGAAGCCAAACCGCACACCAUCCGGCCAAUCGAUUGGUUCUGGACCCAUCUAACAAGCUACCGCUGUACAAGAAAACUGGUCAAAAAAGACACCAUGGAAAGGCACCAAGCCCUCCAAAGCCUGGAAACCAGGGUGAUGAGAGCAAAUCUUCUGGUGGACAAUACUGUAUAUACCAGAAACCAAAACAAGUCACGUGCAAUGUGGCGCACAUGAAACGAGUCACGAACAGAUAUAAGUAUUAUUGUGGAACACAGUCUCAGGACAAAGUAUGCACAGGUUAUAGAGUUUCGUAUCGUCCAGUGUACAAAGUAGAAGUUAGAACGGUUAUGGUGUCAGUGAAAGAUUGUUGUCCCGGAUUCACAGGUCCGGAUUGUAGUCAAGCCUGUUUUAACUGCACCAAGUUCCUUUUAUGGGAAAGCCGAUUAUCUGCACUGGAAAAGAGAGCUGGGACGUCUGCAGCUGCCACCAUAUCUAAUGACGAUGUCAUCUUUAGGGGUAAUACGGGACCACCGGGACUCCCCGGCCCUCCGGGACCCCCAGGAAGACCGGGGAAGAGGGGAGAACCAGGACCUGGAGGUUCUAAAGGUGUAGGAGGAUCCUCUCAGGGCCCUCAGGGUCCAAAAGGACAAAAGGGAGACUCGGGCGCACCAGGUCCGGCCAUGGUAGUGACGGGAGAUCCGGGUCCUCCUGGAUCACCUGGACAACGAGGCCCUUCAGGUCCACCAGGACGAAAAGGAGAGCCAGGGAAGUCAGUACAAGGACCGAUAGGAUUACGUGGACCGCCUGGACCCUCAGGGGAACCCGGGCGACCGGGCAUCGGCACUUCGCCAGAAGAGUUGUCUGUACUGAGAGAACAAAUAAAACAGCUGUCCGCCAUAGUCAAAGACCUGGACGAAAAAAUUUCCAGAUGCGAGUGUUCGUCAGGCACAAGCCGCCUGAGUGUGAACGAGAAAGAAACGGUCACCGCGUUACCUUUGUUCGCAACUCCAGCUCGUUAAAAGAAGGUCCUUUUCGUUCAGUUAACUCUUUCGCAUUUCCUCGUGUUAUUGGAAAAUAAUUUCGUCUGCUGUUCCAAAUUUAACUUAUUUAACCAAAUGCUAGCCGCUAUAAACCCCACCUAAAUUUUUUCGGGGAUUUUAAACACAUUUUAUUCGCCACUCGUGUAACCAAUACAGGACCGUGAUACAGCGUCCACUACGUUAUUUUACUUUUCACGAACAUCCAAGGGGAUUGAUGUCAACUAGAUAAUCAACCAAGAUCCGCCGGUGUCUGUAUCAAAGAUUUUAUCAAGUUCUAUGAAAGUAGAAUUAAAGGAUAAAAAAUA